UGAUUGGCCAGAAAAGCAGCCUCAUUGACAGAGAAAGUGUUAGGUAGCUAACGUUAGUGACUUGAACAACUGAGGAGCUAACAAAUAACAUUUUAAAAUGAGAGACGUUACUGGAUAUCUCAAACAACAGCAAAGCAAUAGUACAACGCCAGAGCUCGCCACAGAAUGGCACACGCUAGAGGAUUUACACAACAAAAAAUUGUGGCAUCAAUUGACACUCAAGUUGACAGACUUUGUGAAAGAUCCGUACUUUGCGUCUGGAGAUGGCCUUAUUCAGCUCUAUGAGAACUUCAUCAGUGAUUUUGAGCACAGAAUCAAUCCACUGUCCUUGAUGGAAAUCAUUCUCUUUGUGGCCCGUCAGAUGACAGAUCCCAACACUGCUAUCAGCUUCUUGGAGAAAACAAAAGAAAAGGUCAAAAGCAGUGAUGAAGCAGUCAUCCUGUGUAAGACCACAAUCGGCAGCCUGAAGCUCGAGAUCAAUGACCUCCCAGCAACCAAGAAAAUAAUUGAAGACGUGGAUGAGAUGCUCAACAACCUGCCCGGUGUGACCUCUGUGCAUGGCCGCUUCUACGACCUGUCCAGCAAAUACUACCGCAUCAUGGGGACCCAUGCCCUCUACUACAAGGAUGCACUGCGCUACCUGGGGUGUGUUGAUAUCAAAGACCUGCCAGAGGCAGAGCAGCAAGAGAGGGCAUUCACACUAGGCCUGGCUGGCCUCUUAGGGGAAGGAGUAUACAACUUUGGUGAACUGCUCAUGCAUCCUGUUUUGCAAUCUCUGAGAAACACAGACAAGCAGUGGUUAAUUGAUACACUUUAUGCAUUCAAUGGUGGGAAUGUGGACAAGUUCCAGAACUUCAAGUCUGCCUGGGGACAGCAGCCGGACCUAGCAGCACAAGAGCCCAAACUCAUGCAAAAGAUCCAGCUGCUCUGUGUGAUGGAGAUGACUUUUACGCGCCCCGCCAACAACAGACAGCUGACCUUCCAUGAAAUUUCCAAGAGCACCAAAGUCCCUGUGAACGAGGUGGAACUGCUGGUUAUGAAAGCCCUGUCUGUUGGGCUGAUUAAGGGAAACAUUGAUGAGGUGGAUCAGAAAGUUCAGAUGACCUGGGUCCAGCCAAGAGUAUUGGAUAUACAGCAGAUUAAAGGCAUGAAGGAUCGUCUGGACUUCUGGUGUGGGGAUGUCAAGAACAUGGCCAUCCUGGUGGAGCAGCAGGCCCAGGAUAUCCUUACCUAACCUCUACAUCUAUUUGUACACCUACUCGCUUGUUAAUGCAGCUUCAUUAACAUACGUUUUUUUAUUGGUUAGCAGUAAUGGAAUUGAACAUUUCUUUGUAUUUAAUGUAAGGAAACUGUCCCUAUCAUUUUAUGAUUAAAGGCCAGUGUCCAAAAA